AUGAUUGACUUUGUUAAACAUCCUGGUCUAGACAGAAAAGGUCGUGUUAUAAACGUUAGAGCAAAUUAUUUUGAAAUUUCUUAUCUGCCUUACACAAAUAUUUACCACUAUGACAUUAUAAUUACACCGGAAGUUCCUCCUUCUUUAAAUCGAAGAAUUUAUUGCGAGCUUAAAACAGCUACUUUCGAUAUAACUCUUUUAAUAGAUAUCACACCACUUGGUGAAAGUUUUCUGUGCUCUUUUAAUAUCAAAGUUAGGAAGGUGACUGAAUUUAAUAUAAAAAUUUUUCGUAAAUUUUUUGAAGGAAAAUUCAGUAGUUCAUCAAUGAAUAUUUUGUCUGAAGUUUGGCAAAAAUAUUAUCAAUCUAUCAAGCCUACGUCCAAAAAAUUGAUGGUCAACCUUGAUAUAAGCGCUUUAAAAAAUAUAAAAAUUCGAGUCACUCAUCUUGGAAGUGUUUCCAAGCGAUUGUUCAAGAUCGUUAAACUAACCAAUACUCUAGCUUCAGGUACUAAAUUGGAAAUUGAUGACACCUAUUUCCCAUUAGAAGUAUGUGAAGUUGUCAAGGAACAAAGUCAUUUCUGUAAAUUGAAUGAAAGACAAACAGCAGAUAUGUUGAAAUUGACUUGUACACAACCUCAAGUCUGUGCAAAUAAAAUUUUGCAAGGAUCAGAAAUUCUCAAUCAUCAAAAUAACAAGCAUUUGCGUUAA